AUGCCUCAUCAUCUCCAGACGCUCCUGGUGUGCGGCUUGGCCCGCGCCGCAACGGGCGUCACAUGCAACACGGGUUCCAGCACAGUCUAUGAGGGCUCAUGUGGGACCAUGGACAACACAGUCAGCUUCACCACGACAUCCUGCGGAGGGGCAUGUUUUACGGAGUCCAUGAAGCAGGAGAUCAGCCCCAACGGUGUUUGCAAUGUCGUCUUUGUGGUUGCUGGUUGCGUGCAGACAGGCACGAAAGAUUGUGCCACACUGCAACAGGUUUAUGACGCAAUGGACCCCGCCGCGGGAAAUUUUGGCUUCGGAUGCGAGGAGUGCUCCACCGACGCCUGCAAUCCCACAUCAGCACUGAGUGGGACGCAAGGCGCAGUGAGAAGCGGCGCCACAGCAGCAGCUAACCUGGCCUGGUUGCUGGGCACUUUGCCCUUGUUGAACUUCCGGCUCUAA